AUGGGCGCCGUAGCCUCGUGCCUCAACAGCAUCGUCUCGGCGAUCGCUGGCAUUCUUCACUCCAUCUUUUCCGCCAUCGGAAGCGUCCUUCACACCAUUGUCUCCGCCGUCGCAUCGUGUCUUACGGCGACGUUCAACUGCAUUGCCGACGUCCUCUGCUGUCGCUGUGGUGGACGAGGCGGUGGUCGUCGGAGGGGCAAGAUCUGA